UUGGGUUCAUAUAAAGAGCACUUCUAAGGAGCAGGUUGGAUGAUCCCGACUGAUGAAUUAACUUAAAUGAUGGCAGCAGUGAAAGCAUGCAAUAUCUUGAUCACCGGAGCCAACCGGGGCUUGGGCUUAGAAACUGUUAAGCAAUUCUUGGAGGAUUCUUGUCAAAAACGGCAUAUUUUUGCUACAUGUCGUGAUCCAGAUGGACCGAAGUCUGAGGCAUUAAGAGAACUGGCAAAAAAGCAUCCAAGUGUGAUCACCAUCAUACGUCUUGAUGUUGAUGAUCCAUCCAGUGUCAAAGAGUCUGCAAAGAAAGUGGGAUCUCUUCUGGGAAACAAUGGUUUGAACCUGCUUGUGAAUAAUGCUGCAAUCGUGGCAAAUGGCACCAUUCAGACCAGCAGUGUUGAAGACAUGAAAAACACCUUUAACACCAAUGUGAUAGGACCCUUAUUAGUCAUUAAGGAGUACUUACCGUAUCUACAAGCAGCGGCCAAAGCCAGUGGGAUACCAGGCAUGUCUUCUAAUAAAGCAGCUGUCAUCAACAUCUCCACUCUUGGGGGAUCCAUGACCAGAAUGCCUUCCAUGUACACCCAAUUCCCAGUGUUGCCUUACUGCAUUAGCAAGGCAGGUUUUAACAUGCUGACUGUGUUAGCUGCGGAAGAGUUAAAGGCGGAUGAGAUCCUCUGCAUGGCCCUUCACCCAGGAUGGGUGAAGACUGAACUGGGUGGCGCAAAAGCACCACUUGAAUCAAAAGAAAGUGUGGAGGGAAUGCUGCGUGUCAUUGGUAGCCUUACAGAGAAGCAGCACGGAGGAUUCUUGGACUACACUGGAGAAACAGUGCCCUGGUAAACCAGAAGAAAAAUGUGGUCAAAGGUUAAUGUCAGACACAUGCCAAUUUUAUACCAUUUCAUACAAU